AUGAGGUCAAAGAAUUGCACUGUUAGAUCCUCCCUCGCUGAAAAAUCUUAUCUUUUAUAUUAUUUCGGCGAACCCAAUACUGCCCCUGUUCACAGCAAUGGCAAAAGAGUUACUGAUUAUGCGAAACUGGCACCUAAUGCGGAGAAAUUACAUCCUGGGAUAUCUUCUAGCAUAAUUACUGAGUUAACAGACUGCAAUGCUGCUCUUUCACAACAAAGGAAAAAGAGACAGAUUCCUGCGACUUUGGCUCUUGUUGAGGCUCUAGAGACGUAUAGCCAUAUAUCUAGUCACCCCUUUCACAAAGCUAACAAACAAGGAAUUAUUACUCUUGAUAUCCUUCAUUCUAAGGAUACUGUUAUUUUUUACUAUCCAUUAGGACAAAUAUUGGUUACACUCAGCGGCCACUUUAAAAAGGUUACAAGUUUGAAGUUUGUAGGUCAUAAAGAAUCUGAAAUACCAGGUUCCAAGUCGACAUAUAUAUUAAGAAUAGAACCUUAG